CGCGAAGCCACCUGCUUCUGAGUGCGUUUACGCACGGUGAUAUGCCGAUGAAGCUACCCGUGAAGCAGCUCCAACUCUCAUGUUUGCUGCUUCGACGCGCACCGGGAGUCCUAAAGGUUUCGACAGCGGGCGAGAGAACUUAAAGGUGAGGGACGAGUGUUUCCGAUGAGCGGGUGUCACCGCUAGCAAAGAAGAUCCGAACCGCUCCAGCAUGGUCACGGAGUUCUCGUCGGUUUUCAGCGUUUUCUCCAGCACACAAGGGGACCGUCUGGAGGCUGGAGAAGGAUGCGCUCACAGGCAGCUGCCGACAGUCGAAGAGUUCUACUCCAACCUGACUCCGCUGCUCAUCGUGGCCAUAGCAGUCUCCACAGUGGCAGUGGUGUCCGUGUGUGUGACAUACACGCUCAGCCUGAGGCACGUGCUGACCAGGACUGCCCCACAGUUACGAGGCCACACAGCCUGGGUACUCACCAUCCACCCGGUAGCUGCAGUGCUGGCCUACCUGUCAGUCAUGAUCCCACGCGCAUCCUUCAUCGUCGACGUUGGCAUCCAGGACCUGUACGCCACAUGCCUGUAUCAGAUGUUCUGCCUACUGGUCGCCUACUGCGAGCAGGAGGGCUCCACAGACCAGCUGCAUGGGGCCAUGAUCCAGCUCAACACGGGGCCCCUCUGCUGCCUACCUGGAUGUCGCUGGCUCUGCAGGCCUGUGCCACUAACCCGGAUGACACUCUUGAAGCUACGAAUCCUGGUGCUACAGCUGCCCAUAGCGAUGUGGAUCCUGUACACAGUCUGCUAUGUGCUGUGGGCGGAGGACGAGAGGCUGCUGGACAGGGUGUGGCCGUACAUGGAGCCCGUGCAGGUGGGCUCUGUGCUGGUGGCGGGCUGGGGCACCCAGAUGGUGGUGCAGCUGCUGGCGCGCCUGCAGCUGCCUGGUGGAGGCGACGCCUCGCACAAGUUCCUCGCGCUCGAACUCACCAUGCUGGCGGCUGAGCUGCAGGGUGCCGCAGCAGACAGCGUCGCGGCGCUGUUCCCCUGCUCUGGGGCCUUCUCGCCCUCCUUCUGGAGCCGCAUGGGGGUGAACGUGCUGACCCUGCUGGAACUGGUGGCGCUCAGCUUGUGGGCGAAUAGGCUGUACUGCACGGAUGCGGCCCCAUUUGACCACCUGGAAGAGGAACCGGAGCCCAACCAGCUGGAGGUGGCCCCUGGUGAGGCAACUUCAGCCUAGAAGAACGGCUAGACACGAGAGAACAGCCCACUUCGAUUGACUUCAGGAUGAACUGACAGACGAUCUGCGACAAGUUGUAUGCUGGAGGACAUACUUCCAUUGUACUGCCUCCAGGAGGUGCCAGCAACUGGAAGCUGUCACUGAGGUGCCAUUCUGUUUAGUGGGACACCAUUGAAUAAGAGGCACACUGUAAUUUUCAAAAACCCAUGAGUCCCCUUAGAGAGCAAAGACUCUUCUGGCAGUCAUGACGGUACGUCACGUAAAUAGACGUUCAGAGAAAGGGAAAAGAAAUUUUUGUUAUGUGACGUGUGAACCAUAAAUUAACUAAAUACUAAGUACGUCUGCGCAACGUAUAACAAAUAGUAAAUAAUGUAAGUUAUUAUUAUCAAAACUCAAAUAUCGAUGUAAUUAACGAAACACGGUUUUUGCAUAAUCUCUGUGUAAUAUAGGCCAUGAAGAUCAGAGACAAUGCUGUCAUUGAACUCUCUCCUUUUUGUUUCGUAUAGAGGUAGGCUGCCAGUGUAGUGCUGGAUAAUAAUUAA